ACCUUUGGUCAUGUGACUAAGCCGGUCUUCCAUUUUGUAUCGAUGUGUGAAAAUUUAUGAAUCUUGGGUACCAUUGAGGAAAUUCGAUACGCUUCAAGAUCCAUCCAUCAAGAUGUUUCGCAAAAAGAGUGUAAAGGGCGAUGUCCACACGGAGUUCCAAUGCUCAAUUCGUUUUCUGGACGACUCCGAACCCCUCAGUCUCAGUUUUAAGAAGGACACCCCUGGUCAGGAACUGUUUGAUCAAGUGUGUAACAAACUGAACUUGGUGGAAAAAGAUUACUUUGGCCUGCGAUAUGUGGAGGAAAAACAAAGGCAUUGGUUAGACCCUUUGAAAUCAGUAUACAAGCAGCUGAAAGGCGUAAAUCCAUGUGUUUUGUGUUUUCGAGUGAAGUUCUACCCAUCAGAUCCCAUGAAAUUACAUGAAGAGAUUACAAGGUAUUACUUGUUCUUACAACUGAGACGUGAUCUUCAUCAUGGCCGCCUCCUGUGUUCACAGACUGAUGCCUUGGUUCUUGCUGCCUACAUCAUUCAAUCUGAGGUGGGAGAUUAUGACCCAGAAGACCACCCCCCAGGGUACGUGACUGAGUUCAAGAUGCUUCCAAAGCAGAAUGCCAAAAUGGAAGAUGAAAUCAUGGAAAUCCACAAAACCUUAGCAGGGCAGGUACCAUCAGAAGCAGAGGCCAAUUUCUUGAAGAAAGCUGCCACACUAGAUACAUAUGGGGUAGACCCUCACCAGGUCAAGGAUCAGAAAGGUGUUUCUUUAUACCUCGGUGUCACUCAUCAGGGAAUCAUGACGUUUCACGGAAGUCGUCGCACUCAGCUGUACAAGUGGACCCAGAUAAAGAAGACACCUACAUACGAUGGAAAGACUUUGAUCUUGCACGUCAGUGUUGCGGAGGAUGAAGAUCAGGCAAAUAAUAAAAAGCAUAACUUCUCAUUUAUAUGUACGGGACCCAUAGAAAAACAGAAACCAAUUGGCUAUAAAUGUGACACGCUUGCAGCCUGUAAAUAUCUCUGGAAAUGUUCUGUGGAACAGCAGUUGUUCUUUACUUUGCAACACUCUGCUAAUCCUCCCAAGCUAAGAUCAGGAAACAGCCUGUUCUCCAGAGGUUCCAAGUUCCGAUUCAGUGGAAGAUGUCAAAAUGAAGCUUUUGCUGCCAGUGAGGACAUAAAGAGAAAUGAACCUAACUUUAACAGAACUUCUUCCUUGCCAAAUUAUGGUCGAAAGCCAGAUGGCAAGGCCUCUCCAAACAAACACAAAUCAUUGACUCUUGAUCUUCCAAUUAAGGAGGAUAAAAGAAAAUACAGGGUUAACAAGGGGGUAUACAAGGAAUCUGCAGUGGAUGUACCUAGAAAAGAGCAAGGGGUUAAGGCAGACAUUGUACAGCAAACAUCAGUGUCUGCACCAGUUGCUACGCCAGAGGACUCCACAGUGUCGGAGAUGGUUGAACCAGAAAAAAUCACUACUGUGGAAACGGAACCACCCAAACUAAAUGGCAGUCUGCCAACCAUUGUUCUGAACCCAGGUAAUGAUGAAAUGCCACCAUAUGAGCCCAAUAAUACAGUGAUUGAGGAACAGUCACCUGAAGGUCAAGGUCAGGAGAAUGUUCCAGACAGUGAUGAUGAGGAAGAAGAGGUCAAGAAACCCAGUUUGGAGGAUCAGAUUAAGGAUUUGGAGGAAGAGAUUGAGAGAAAGAGUAGCUUCUCUGGUUCUUAUCAACCGGAGGAGGAGGAUCAAGAUACACCAAUCGUCAUGGAAACCACAGUGCCCAAAGCCAGCAAUAACGUCCAGUCAUCCCCACUCACAGGGAGCCACGUAGUUAACUCCACAAAGAGCACCCCAGAGGUAGCACCCAGCAGUGGCGGUGGCUGCUGUCGGAUGUUCCUCUUCACCUUUUUCUUUGUGUUUCUCACCCUUACAGUCACAGCCAUUGCUCUGUUGAGUUCUAACUUAGAGCACCCACUGUUAACUCAACUCAGACUGCACCUUCAGUUUGUGGAUCCAGUAAGAGAAUAUAUCAUGGACAGAAUUCAUUCCAUCAUGUCCUAGGUCUGACAUUGAGGGACUUAAAUUGCUUUUGAGAUUUGUAGCUGUAAACCACAUGUUGCUCAUAACUCUGGAAGCUGAUGUGGUUAGAUAUUCUACUUUUGGGUAGUGGUAUUUUGUCUAUAAGACAGGAGAUGUCACAUAUCUUUAUUUAUGGUAUAUUCAUGUAGGAUCAUAACUGCAAAUAAAGAGGAGAUGUCACCCUGAUUAAGAGCAUUUACUAAAGUAUGUUUAGUCAUGUAUUUCAUUAUUGUUUUUUUUUUUUAAAGUUUUGCAUUAUAUGUUCAUUUUACAAUCAUGUAUGGCAAAUCUUUGAUGUGUAACAGUGGAUUAUGAAAUGUGAUGUGAUGGUAACAUCGUUUCAGUGAACUGAACUUUUGGAGUCUUGUUGCUAUUUUGUGGAGGGUUUUCUGUAUGGCAGCUAUACUUUAUGAUAGAAAUUUUAUUGUAUGUUAUGUCAUUCAUCUCUCCAGAAAUUUUAUGGAUAUGUUUUCACUUUUGUUUUGUUUGCUUUUUGUUGUGUACAUGAGGUUGCAAAGCUUUAUUAAUUUUCUCACUUUAAACAUUCAGUGAUCUCGCUGAAGGUCUCAAUCUGUGUUAGGUCUCAGAAAUCUUGCCAGUAAUCUUUUUAUUUGAAAAAUAGAACUUGCCAAAUUUUUAUCAGAUAUAGUUUUUCUAAAUUGUGCAAGAUUUCAUUGAACACAAACAUUUCUUGGUGUUUUUAAUAGUAUUUCAUCUUUUAUCCAUCAUCCAGAGACAUAUAUAUAUAUAUUGAUGUCAUGGAUACCAUCAAACUGUGAUCAGUCAGUAAUUUCAAUUAAUUCUGAAAGGUGGACUAGUUUUCUCUUAUGCAAGAAGAAUCAUAUCAUUAAAUUUAUUUUUGAAAGCUGUUAUAUGUUUUAUGAAAUGUACUUUUUCAACUUUUUUUUGUAUUUGCUGGUUUUUAUUCUCUCUCUUUCUCUCAGCAAGUUGUAAUGUUAGAAAUGGUCAUGCAGAAAAUUGAAGGGAAUUGUUUUCCUGUCUCCAUGGAGACAGUGUGUGUCAUGAGAGUAAUCCACUGUCUUGUUCUGUAUGGUAUAUGUAUUUUAAACCUUGCUAUAUUUCAAAGUAAUAUAUAACAAUUUUUAACUUUAUAUUUUAUUUUUACGUGAGCUGGACCAAUUCUUUGUUAUUGUGAUUUAUAUUUUAUUUGUAUUUUCACAUAUAUUGCACUUUAGUCUUAUGAUAAAGCAUUGUUACUGAUACAUAAAGUUCACUUUAAUAAGACUGCAAUAUCCACAGAAUUUCUAUAUUAGCGUCCUCUAGGCAUCGUCAACAAAAUGACCAUGAGUAAAAAUAAAAAAGACUUUAAAAAAAACUUUAAUAGAGCACAUUUAAAGUGAACCUAUGGUAAUUAUCAAUAUUUUUAUUCCCAGAAAAGUACAUGAAUAAAGUUUUAAUAGAGUAAUGGCAGAAUAUUUUCUAUGGUUGAUACAUAUAUAGUCCAUACAAAGUCUUCAAUGAUCAGAUGAGAUUACUGCAUACUGCUGGCUAUAUCAGAUAACAAUUUAGGAAACUUUUGUCCUCGUCAACUUCCUAAAAUCCGAAAGAAUGUAGCUAUAGAAAUUCCAUUAUAUAGAAUAUUUUGUGCUUUUUUAGCUCCUUCAUUUUGUGUGUGAAUGUGAUAAACUUGUAUUUUUGUAUUUCAGUUUUGUGCAAUAUGUUCUUACAACAAGCUGUAGCAUAGAAAUGUAGGACUUGACCACAGCAAAGUGUUACUUAACCCUUCAAAACUAAAUUCACAGACAGUAUAUUAAUUCAAGUAGUAUUAUCUUCCUGGUUGAAAAAAAAAGAUUUUGUUUGAUAUAUGAACAAAAUUUCAAUGGUUGUGGACAAGAUCUCCAUUCUCUUUCAAACAAAUGGGCUUUGUAUGGCCUUUGUGACAUGCUUUAUUUUGUUAAGCUUGCUUUGGAUAUGUUUUAUUUGCUUUCUGCAGUAUACAUGACAUUAAAUCCAGGGAGGAUUUUCACCUUCCUAAGGGACUUUUUCUUUCGGGACAUUUCGUUGGCUGUUGUUACUCCUCACAGCUUUUGGUUUGCUUUUAAUGUUGUGCCUUUAUAUUUUAAAAUUAUUUCUAGAAUAUUUUGGGAGGAAGUGGGAAAGAUUUUGAUAGAAAUCAUGAUUUCAUUGUGAAAACUAUAUUUAAAGGUGCAUGUGUACAUUAGGUGAGGGGUACAAAAAACAGCAGAAAUUUCAAAAAGUGGUAUAAAUCAUCAGCCAUCUAUUCAGACAUUGUUUUGGAGUCUGGUGGCCUUAUCUGGUGUUAUGUAAACGUACAUGUAUAUUGCAAUCUGUGCAAGUAUGUUGAAAAUGGAGGAAGGUAUGCGGGAAUUGUGCCAGUGCUAACAGCUGUAUCAGAUGAGAUGUAUAUUGCAGAAAGCAGAAUGCACUAGAUAUGGAAUGUUGCACUUUGCACCAAUUGUUCAUUUCAUAGUAAACCUGGGCAUUUAACAGAUCAUUUUACAUGAUAUUGUAGAUUUUUAUAUGUGAUGAUAGGACAACUGAUUCCUAAAAAUUUUGCUGUGCAAAGUUUAAAGAAAACCUUUUAAGCAUAAUUUGGACAUGAAAGUCUUUGUAGUCUUAUUUGAAGAGACACUUAUCAUAAUAUUUUCUCAUGAACAAAUAAAUUAAUCACAUAGACAAUUUCAUCGCAGAUCCAGAAGAAGGAGGGGAGUGUGUCGGAACCCCACCCAAUAUUUGACAAAAAAUUUAAUGCCAUAUUUUUUACCACUGUGCAAUUUAAAGUGUAAGCAGUUAAAAAUUGGAGCCCUUGGAUAGGCUGGUCCCCGUCUUGUCUUUGGAGGUCCCCCCCCCCCUUUCGAAAAUCUGGAUCUGCACAUCAAGUUACAGCUUUCAGUAUUGGUUGUGGACCGGAUGUACAGUUAUUCUGAAAGUUUGAGUAUACCAUUUCACAUUGUAAACAAUUUUUAGUUCUGGUUUAGAUACGAACUGCAUGCAAUAAACAUUAUACUGUCAAAUGGUUCUUGAAGGAACCCACGGUCGAUAUUAUUUGCCUCAAAAGAAAGAAGAGUGUAGCAGAAAGGAAGGGGUGUACUUUUACAAAUUGACAGUAUGUUUUGAAUAUUUUUUUUCCCACAAAAUCUUUACUAAUAUAAUUGUUAUGGGUUUAGGACUGCUAAACAUUUAACAUUCAAAAUACACAGUUGGGUAAAUGAACUAGAUAUAAAGAGUUGUGAAUAUCAUAUUGUAUCCUUAGAUAUGACAAUGUGUAGAAUUUUAUGUAAGUUAUAUCAUUGUAUUCUUUCAUCAUUUUGGUCAGAACUUCGAAUUUUUUCUGAACAGGCAAGACUUUGUUAAUGUUGUUUUUUUUAAAUAAUGCUGUCACUUGUUUUUGCAAUGUCUGAUUCACUCCACCAUUGGGUAAAUUAGUUUUGUCUUAUUUUCAGGUCUAAAACUGGGCAAUAUUUUUAAACUUCAUGUCCACUCAGUAGCGUUAAUUUCUUUGUUUUGCAUAAAUUAAAUGAAUUGCAGAAUUAAACACAGAAAUAUUA